CAGUUAAUACCUAUGUAGUAUGUACGAUGUACCUACUAAGUUGAACUUUUCUAUUUCCACUUAUUAGUUAAUUAUUAUGUCAAUACUCAAUACUCAACGGUGAUCUGUUAUGUACUUAUGUAACGUUUUUACUUAAAGUUCAGUUUUAAAUUAUUCUACUAAUGCAUACAUUUUUUAUAACUAUCUAUAUAAUUUGAGAAAUAUGUGUAAUCUGAAAAUGUCUGCCAAAUGCAAUUGACUUUAAAAUAUACUAAACAAUAUUUAGUUUUGAACUUAGUAGUAUAAUAGUAUAAUAAACAAUACAUUUAUAUACAACUUUUUACAAGAGAAAUAUAGUACAAAAAUGAUGAUCUCUAAUAUAUUAACUACAACUCUUUCCGUGGGUUUUAUUGUAUCUGUUAUUCUACUAAAAGACGUACGUUCAUCAAGAGUAUUGGAACUUAGUGAUAAGUUCAUUGAAAUGAAACACGAUGGACAUUGGUUUAUAAUGUUUUAUGCUCCGUGGUGUGGCCAUUGUAAGAGGUUAGAACCUAUCUGGCGUCAUGUUGCUCAAGCAUUACACCACUCUGAUAUAAGAGUUGGCAAAAUAGAUUGUACAAGAUAUAAAAGAGUAGUUUCAGAGUUUGGAUUGUCUGGGUAUCCUACAAUAAUGUUCUUCAGAGAUAGAGAAGGUGAAUUUAAAUUUAAUAGUGAGCGAUCUACAGAAGAAAUGGUUCAUUUUGCAAAGCGAUUGGCUCGUCCUCCCGUUCAAGAGGUUACUGAUAGUAAAGACAUUGAAAUGCUCAAACAAACAAAUAAAAACUUCUUUAUGUUUAUUGGAAAAAGUGUUGGCCAUACUUGGGACCUCUUUUAUGAUUUGGCAAAACAAUAUCAAGCACAUUCUUAUUUUUAUAUUACACCUGAAAUAACUGGAAAACAGCAUUUUGUUUUUGGAGAAACUCCUGCAGUUGUGGUGUAUAAAGAAGAACAACACUACUCUUUCAAUGCUGAGGAAUGGGAUAUGGACUUCAAUACAAGCUUGACACAAUGGAUAAACACAGAAAGAUUUGAUACUUUCGUAAAAGUAACUCGAUCAAAUAUUCACCAUAUGUUGGAGACCAACAAGUACUUAGUCUUAGCAUUAGUGGAAGAGAAUAAAAUUGAAAAGUUACCUCCGCAACAUUCAGAGUUUCUUCAAAUGGUAGAAUCAGUUAUUGUGAAGAAUAGAGAACGUUUUCAUAGGAACUUUCAAUUUGGAUGGAUUGGUUCACCAGAAUUCGCCAAUUCUAUUACUUCAUCAGAUGUAACCCUACCAUCAUUAAUCAUUUACAAUUCAUCUACUAGACAUCAUCAUUUCCCAGAAGAAAAACCACAUGAACUGACACCUGAAUCAAUUACUUUAUUUCUAGAAGCUGUAAGAAAUCAGUCAGUAAAGGCAUAUGGAGGAAGUGGUGUAUUUAUACAGAUGUACAGGAUGUAUUAUGAGACAAAGAAGUCUUUAGUAAACAUCUGGGUUAACAAUCCUGCAGUUGCUAGUGUUUUAUUUGGAUUACCUAUAGGGUUCCUACUAUUAAUAUGCUAUUCUACGUGUUGCACAGACAUUAUGGAUGCUAGUGAUGAUGAUGAAGAUGAUGUACAUCACGAGAAGAAAGAAUAAGCUACUCAUUCAAAUAUUCAAACAUAUUGAUUUAUUGACUGAUGUUGAAUAAAUAAUUAAAAACAAUAAAUAAGACAUCAAAUAAUUAUUUAUAUACUUACAAAUUAUUCAUGUUUAUAUAUGUUUAUAUAUAAACACAUACAAAAUUAUUUAAAUUUUAAUUUAUAAAAAUACCUAAGAUUACAUUGAGUUCCAAUAUAUAAAUCCUACCAAAUUAUAUUGUAUAAAUAUUAAUCCUAUUGGCUAUUUGACUGUUUAAUCAAUUGUGUAUAAUGAUCUACUAUAUGUAAUUUAUUGAUAAAUUAGAUGCUGAAUUUAGUAUUUUCCAGUUUGUAAAACUUUAAAUGAAUGUUGAAUUUUAUUUUAAAUGAAGGGCUAUAAAUUGUUUGUUAAUUUUAAUCAUAACUUUUACAAAUUAUUGUAACCACACACAUGUUUUAAUACUGCAGUUUAUUUAUCAAUAUAAAUUUUAACCUUAAGUGUUGCUUUAAAACAUAAAUGCAUAACUAGCGCAUUAUUAUUGAUUUUAAAUGCUUAAUUUAUAUUACAAUUAUUAAUUUCUGAACUUUCCAAAUUAUUUUUUACUAAGUGAGGCUUAUUGUUGAUUGGUAGAUUUUUUUAGUAAAUCAAAUCAAAAAUCUGUUUGAAUAUAGUAAAAGUUGAAAAAAAAUAAAAGACAGUCAGAAAUUUAAUUAAAAUAAUAAUGGUUAUUUUAAGUUAUACAAAUCAUCCUAGAUGUAAAACAGAAACAUAAAUAAGAACAACAAUUAUAAUUUAUAUCUCGUCAUUAAUAUCUCAAUUAACUGAAAUAAUAAAAAUAAUUAUUAGUUAUAUUUUUAACCGAAUUACAAAUGAAACAUGUAUAUCUAUCCGAUGUCAACCAUUCAAUAUUAUUCAAUAAGUUCUAUAAACUCCAUAAAAAAUAUUAACCACAUACCUAUUGCAUUCAUAAUAUAUAAUGAACUGAAAUUCAUAUUUGAUUAAAAAUUGUAUUUACCUAUACUGAAUAGUAACCUACAAAAAUGUAUAAUCUAGUCAAUUUUUUAUUUAUUUAAUAUUCUUUGUUUCUGCAUGUAAACAUUUAUUUGUGUUGUAAGCUUAUUAGUUUUAAUUUAUAACCUUUGAUUAUUGUAAAAUAAAUACUAGUAUAUUAUUAUAA